GUCCACUUGUUAUGACAUGGUUAUAAAGCACACACAAGCUUGUUUAUGCACAAAGCGCGGUGAGAAAGAGCCCUCCUCCUUCCGUGGCCACAUAAGAAGGAGCGCAGGCGACGGUCGGUCAGUACUGUGGGUGGGAGGAGGGCGGAAUAGCUGGCAGAUUGGACCCCUGAGAGCGUUUAAACGCGUCUAAUCCAGCGAACCGCCGUUCACGUCAGUAGCGGAGAAGCUAACCGGCUAACGCCUCGUCACGGUCUUCCCCCGCUUUCCGUCUGACACGAUGCUGAAGACGACAGUGUUGGGCUGCGAUUACACGUGAAGAGGGCUCCGAGACCACUUUAACCAUGAUGAAGAAAAAGAAAUUCAAGUUUAAGGUGGACUUCGAGCUGGACGAACUCUCCUCGGUCCCCUUUGUCAACGGCGUGCUGUUCUGCAAAGUCCGGCUGCUGGACGGCGGCUUCUCUGAGGAGUCUUCCCGGGAAACAGUCCAGGCUAACUGUGUACGUUGGAGGAAGAAGUUCUCAUUCCCAUGCAAAAUGAGCGCCAGUGCUGGAACAGGAGUCCUCGAUCCCUGUGUGUGUCGUGUUUCUGUCAGAAAGGAACUGAAAGGUGGAAAAACCUACGCAAAGCUGGGCUUUGCUGAUCUGAACCUGGCUGAGUUUGCAGGUUCGGGGAGCACCACGCGGCGGUGUCUGCUGGAGGGCUACGACACCAAGAACACCAGGCAGGACAAUUCGAUCCUCAAGGUGAUCAUCAGCACCCAUCUUAUGUCUGGAGACCCGUGUUUCAAAACACCUCCGUCCACGGCCACAGUGAUUGGGAUCCAAGGCGAUUCGGAGGGUCUGCUGGAGGAGCGGCGAGGAGGAGACUCACAGAAACCCUUCCUGGGCCUCUCAGAAACGCCGGGCAAGUGUGGCUCUCUGCCGGAGGAGCUGGGAGUGUGUGGUCACUCUCGGACCUCUAGCUAUGCUAGUCAGCAGUCCAAAGUAUCAGGCUACAGCACCAGCCACUCACGCUCCUCCAGCCUAUCAGAAUUCACCCACAGGAGGAACACCUCAGUGGGCAGUGCCUCCACAGGCAUCGGCAGCAUCCCUGAGCCCAGUGAGGAGAACCACAGCACCACAGCGCCCCCUGCUGCUGCUUCUGGAGCCUGUGCCGCCCUACCCGAACACCCCGCCACACCUGAUCGAGCCUCCAGCAGGUAUCCGGUGAAGCAGGACUCGAUGGAGUCUCAGCUAAAGCGAAUGGAUGCCACGCGGGUGGAUGCUGACGACGUGGUGGAGAAGAUCCUGCAGAGCCAGGACUUCACCCACAGUCUGCUUGACUCCAGCGCUGAAGAAGAGGGUCUUCGCUUGUUUGUGGGUCCCGGAGGGAGCACAGCCCUUGGCAGCCAUCAUCUACCUGCCAGGGUUGGUGCUGGUGCCUACGAACAGGUGGUGAUCAAGCGCUAGAGCUGGAAGCUGCCAAGCAGAGAGGCAGUACAAACCAAAGUACAGGAGGGAGGUACACACAGGCUCUCCAACCUCUCAUCCUUCUGGCAGUGUGUUUCACCCACCCAGCCUCACUGUUUGCCAGCGACCGGGGAUUUUAACAGAACAGCACCCUCCGCUGGCUGGGUGGAGGCAUGCACAUCUCUGGAGCCUGGGGUUAAUGAUAUAUGACUGUGGAAACUUGUGAGGUUAAGUUACAGAUCCCAACACUUUCCCUCUUUGAGUCAGAGGAGGAAAACUGUACUUACUGAUUGGAACAGGAAUCAGAUUCCUCAGUGUUUUGCUUGUUUCUAGGUUGGUUCUAGGUUUUGUUUUAUGCUCCAUUUUUUGAAUCUCAUAUGUUCAGCAGCUGUUGGGUGGGGGGUUCUCCCCUUUAUCAGUUAUAUUUGGGAGUAUUUAUAUGUUUUGUGCAUCUCCACCACUUAUCUCAGUAUGUGUGUGUGUGUGCACUGCAGAUACAGUGCUGCAGUGUUCUUUACAGAAGGUGACCUCACUGUUGCGGUGUGUUUGCUGAUCUCAUUACGCUCUGAGGGGAGAUCGAACGGACUCUUCUUUUGUUCCACACCUUUGGGAUGGAAGCUGAGACCAGGGAGGACAGUUCACCUUUAAGGGAGAGAAUUAGCUUGCGCACUCUGUCUACGUGAGUGAGUGCAUCACCUUCACAUAAAGAAAAAAUAAAGCUAAGGAAAUCAUAUUCCGCAUGGAGCACUUCAACGUUUAGGGACAGUUUAGGCACAGAUUUAUGGGGUGGCUAUCAGUGCCAGUACAAUCUAUUCUGUCGUAUUUGACCAUCAGUCAACCCCAACAGUGUUGAACUUCUGGGCUUUGUACUGUUAAUCUGGUCUUGAGUGAUUUACAGAGUGUUUGGGGUUCAGCUCAAUUGUGGAAUUUGAAAUAUCCAGAAAGCAGCCGUUCUUAUCGGGGAAUUCUACCAGUUGUCCACAGUUCUGCAUAACGCAAUCACAGAGAUGAAAACCAGUCCAUUCAGAAUGGUUUGAUAUGACAUGCUCCAUUUUAGAGUCAGUAGUUCCUUGGUGGUGAUAGUAACUAUAAUCUGAAGAUUAAUGCCUCUACCUUACAAACACACUGGCUGAUGUCUGAGACAUUAGUUUGCAAUAGUUUUGACAAAAGCUUUUGGCUUAAAACAUAUUUUUAAAAAAUGUUCAUGGUGAAGAGGCACACACAGGAUGUUCUAGGGCUCAUGUGUCAAACAUAGGGCUGAACGAUAUGUGGAAAAUAUCUAAUUGCAUUUUUUCCGACUAGUAUUGCAAAUGCAUUUUUUAAAAAUUGAGAUUCAGGCUUUUUUGUCUUGAGGCUCGACCCCUGAACAUAGUGUGUCAAACUGCCAGUAAGCUGUGGUUGUGAUGUCACAACACAUGGAGGUUUGGUUGCCUCUGAUUGGUCUAACUCGUCUACAGGCGUUUCCCAAACUCUUAUUAGGUUCCGUUUCCCCUCUUAAAACUUAAAACAAUGUUUUUGCUGAUGUACACACUUGAUAAAGCUGGUUCUUCGAGGGUUCUUUAGUAAAGACAGUGGUUCCGUGUAGAACCAUGAACACUCAAAGAACCUUUUGCAUGCUUAAAUGGUUCUUUGCAUGGUAAAAGUAGUUCUUCAGAUUGAUGGAGAAUGUGUUGUAUAUGGUUCUAUAUAGAACCUUUUUGAAAAGAGUUCUCUGUAGGACCAAAAUGUUCGUCUAUUGUUAUAAGCUUGACAUCAACAAGCAACAAAGGAACAGUACCAACCCUUUUUGAUGCUAUACAGAACCACAUACAACACAUUCUCCAAUCUGAAGAACCAUUUCACCAGGCAAAGAACUUUUUAUGCAUGCAAAUGGGUUUCUGAGUGUUCAUGGUUCUGUAUGGAAUGACUGUCUUUACUAAACGACCAUCUUUUUAAGAACGUUGAAGAACUGUAUUUUAAGAGUGUCGGCUAUAAUUAAAGAAAAUUUGCAGGUCUUGCGAUUUGAAAAUUGCACUGCCUUAAAUUGCGAUUUUAAUAUAAAAACGUUUAAUCUUUCAGCCCUAGUCAAACACAAGGCCCACGGGCCAAAUCAGGCCCG